CCGGACGCCGGCGACUCGCCUCCCCCUAAAAAGAGCGUGGGUUUCACACAUGCGAACAAGCACGAUUCUUAGCUGGAUAUCAAGCACCAUCUUAUUCAUGUUCACUUGAUUAGUAAUUAGUUAAUGUGCACAGAUUCCAAAAUGAUAACCCCCGAACGCAGAACGUUUAUAUCUUUGAACGUCAUUAACUUCAUAUUCUAUGCAGGUAUCUCCUGCAUCAUGCCAUUCCUGAGCUUGCAUUUGCGUUCCAUAGGCCUGACAUUAUGGCACAUCAUUUGGGUACAGGUGGCUUCUGGUCUUAUCUGCAUCUUGAUCCCGUUACUGGUGGGGACGCUGGCAGAGAGAAGAACCAGCUCUCCCAGGAAAUAUCUUUACAAAAUCUGCUUUUCUGUGUCUUUAUUCAUCGCCAUCUUUGGAUACACAGCUCUAUUAGCUGUGCCCAAGAUUCAGCGCAUCUACAGACAACCCCAGAUAGAUUUCGACUGCUCGUCGCCAAUGAAUGCAGUUGUCAAUCUCGAAAAAUGCGCCAAUUAUGAGACUUGCGGCGAUGUGGCUGAGUCAUGGUCAUCGGACGCACAAUUUAGACUUUCACAUUGCCGUUUCAAAUACAAAGGCAGUGAAGACAUGAAAAUGAGUCCCCCAGAUCCUUCAAAUCCUCUACAGAUGUGUUUCCGAACGACUGGCAACACAACCCAUCACUGCCUCGUAUACGAUCCACAAGUAAGGGAGAACCCUACCAUAGAAUUUUCCUCUGAUUUGACAACAUGGCAGUUUACAGAAUACAGAAACGUGUCAGCAAAAGAAUUCUCAUUUUCAGAAGUAAACUCAGUGUCAUCACCCAUGAGUAUCUGCAAUUACGUUCCAGCAACAAGUGGAACCGUCAUCAAAGUGAAUGGUAGAUAUCACGAUGCAGUUACUUGUCAACGCUCUCUGAACGAUAGGAUCGAAGGCAUCCGGUGUGUGCUGCAUUUGCAAACUGUUGAUGGUAAGAAAUCGCCGUGCUUUGAUAUAUCCGGAGAUUUGUCCACAACUUUUUGGGCUUGUUUGGGACUUAGAGCCACGGCAGAUGCUUUCUUCAUUUGUGCUUUCUGUCUUUUGGAAGGAGUGACCCUGCGUACAAUUCAAAAUGGUCCAUACAAUCGUGGUGCCUACGGGAAAAGCAAAUUUUAUCCUGCGAUAGCUCUUGGCAUCUUUCCACCAAUUGCUGGCGUCCUCGUAGACAAAUUCUCUGAAGUAGCUGACACUUUGGACUAUUCCCCCGCCUAUUUCAUAUUUGCCGCUUUUGAAUUAGUCGCUUGCAUCCUGAUAUAUGCUUUGCCUUUGCCAGUGGGAGGCAACACAUUCCGUUACGAUCUGUCAAGUGAUUACUGUGCACGAUCAUACGGAGAAACACCCACACGGAAAUUCGAAAUAUCUCUAGAAUCAAUUGUUAUUUCGGUGCUUGCCAUAUGUCUGGGAACAGCCUGGAGUGUUUCUCAGGUGUUCGAUCCUCUACAGUAUCAAGACCACAUUCACUUCAGUCACAUUACGCUGGGAACGUUUCAAUCAUUUGUUUUCGGCUUGUCCUUACCAUUCCUGAGUGUUGCCAAAAAUCUCAUUCAAAACAUUGGAGAAGCCAAUCUUAUAUCCACAGCAUUCGCCUUCCAUUCCUUGCAUUUAGCAGGCCUCUCUUUCACGGAGGUAUGGCAAUUCUUAUAUUGGUCUGUGCCCUUCGAGACCAUGAAAAUCUUUACCAUCCCUAUCCUAUGGAUAGCUUUAGUGGCUUCUGUCGAACACGACAGUACCAAAGGAAAAAGAAUAGCUAUGCACUAUGUAUUGGCAAUGGCUCAUUUUGGAGUAGGAAAAAUCCUUGGAUGCUCAGUCGGUGGUUUUUUGGCCGAAAAAUAUUCCUUUAGUUUAUCCUACAGGGUGAUGGCCCUUUUCUGCCUCGUUAUGUCAAUUUCAUACCUAUGUUUCCAUCAUUGUUUCAUGAAGCCUCGGCAUAGAAAAAUAGUGGCAGCAAGAUGCGCGUUACAAAGGCAAUCCAUGAACGGUUCGUGUCUACUUCUGGUUGAAACAGUUCCAGUGAAUGGCAGGAUUGCUCCAAGUUCUCAAAACUGAAAUUUCGUGAACUGAUUUGGCUUAAAAUUUCAUCCCUGAUUCGAGUGGUGUAUAAAUAUAAACAAAGAAAUUCACACAAAUGGCUUGACUUAAAAUGCAUUUUAUGCUUUAAGAAAUAUAAAUAAGCUUCGCUUAGUGAAAAGAAAGUUUGAAUAUGAGAUAUCAAUCAUAGCAAUGUUGAAAAUCCUAUCUGAUAGAAAUACAUAAUGGUGAACAAUUCUAUUUAUUUUGAAAGUACGUAUUUAAACUUAAUGCAAAGAUUACGUUGGUAAGUUUAAAUUUUCUGAAAUGUUUCCUUCUGUUAAACUACACACACACACACACACACACAAAAAAAAAAAAACAUUUAAAAUAUGACAGUAUAAGAUUCGAAUUUUUUUUUUUUUUUUCGAAUGAAAAUAUAUGUGGAUUCCUUGCAUUUGUUCACUGUGAAUAUGAAUAUUAUUUGAUUUAAUCAAUCAUCUCAUAAAGAAAAAAACGUGAGUCAUAAAACACAAAAAGGCUUAAUCGCCAAGCAUUCAAUUUAAAGAACAACAAAAAUAAAAGUGUAAUGCAAGAAAAAGUGAAAAAAAAAAUAGACAAAAAAAAUAAGAAAGAAAGCGCACAAAGGAAAAGAGAUACCUCUCUUUGUUUUUGAUUUGUACGUAUUUUAUAAAGUUGAAAUGUGCACUUGUUUGCAUGUAUUUUUUUAAUGAAUCAUCGGUUAAAACACAAUGAAUCAUCUUACAUUUCUAUCAUUCUAUUUAUUUUUCAUAUAUAUGUUAUACCAGUACAUAUUGCUCAGUGCAAGUAGUAAUGGUGGAAAGUGAGCAGCACAUCAGUUGAAAAAAAAUGAGAGAAGAUAGGUUUAGAAGCUAGUUAAUGCUGCUGUAUGUAUUUCCUAGAUCUUUUUUUAUUUUAUUAAUACUGAUUAUUCUUUUAAAUCAUCUCAUCUAUUUGAAAUCUGAUGAUAAUUAAUAUAAUGAUUUUUACAACUGCAAUUUUUUUCAUGCCUAAUAUAUUUGCUUGAAUCAUCAUUAUUUUCAUUGCUGAAUUCAUUAGCUUUUAUUCAUUCUAAUGUGUGGAACUUGUUUGUUUAUUUUCUUAAUGAAAUCAUAAUAAAGUUUUCUUUUUUGA